ACACUACACGCUGCCAGACUCUUCCACUCGCACUUACGACUUGUUCUUCUCCGCAUCCAUUGCUCCACACGUUGUCGGAUUUUUUUAAAUUUCUUUAAAUAAAAGCAAGAGACUUAUCACAAUGGGAGUUAAGCCAGGAAAGAAGUCCUUCGGGGGAAUACAUCUGUUGGGGGUGCCUCCGUUACUCCAAAAACUCCAGAUAACAAGAGAAAGCAGUCACUUCCCAAACCUGCCCCGACCACUCCCAUCGCUACAAACAAGAAGCCGGCUCCAGCCCCUGCAAACCCAAGCCCGAAGAAGGAAAAGGUUGCUUCACCAGAAAAGAAGCCGGUUUUGAAGCAGGGAGGCAUUAGCGCCCAGUUGGCCAAAGUGAGCGACAAGAGUAAGUCAAUUAACAAGUCCAACAAGAAGAACAGAAAUAAGCAAAAUCGGAACAAGAAGGAUAAGGCACAGGGAGGCGGACCAGGUGGUCAACCUAAAUCCAAUCAGCAAGGGAAGCAGGCAGUGGGCAAAGUCAGCAAGAAAAAUCGUCGUCAACGACUUCAAGCUAAAAUGUCUGCCAAGGCCCGCUCUCCCUUGUCCCAGGCUCGUGCGUUUAAGGCGGAACAGGAAAUGAACAAGACUUCCAGCAGAAUUUUGCUGGUUAAACUUCCUGACCAAGCCGUUACUAAUGACAUGGUGAAAUCUUGGAGUCCAAGCAUUGAGAAUGCCAUGUUCCCAAAGUCGAUUGAACCUAGAUCUUUCCUCCUCGUCAUGAAACCGGAUGCUAAUAUCAAAAAAGAGAUUGAUACUUUAAAGAAAAUUAGUUUUGGAAAUGGAAAGUUGUCUGUAGAAGAGAGAAAACAGACUGAGUUUGAAGGAAAGAAAGCCACCGAGGGGCUGACAGCAACGGAUUUUAUUGAUCCAUACACUCUGUAUCUUACAAAUUUGGAUGAGGCUGCAACCCGAGGGGACUUGCAAGAACUCUUCCCUUCCGCCAAGACUGUCAUGAAUCCUAGAAAACACAAUCCCCGAGUCACUGGAGCCGGUACUGCGACGAAAUUUGCUUUUGUUGGUUUCGAUACGGCUGAUGCUGCUCUGGAAGGAUUUAAAAUGUGCUUCAACCGAAAGUUUGUCAAUGAUAAAUUCAUUGUUGUUCGAUUCCGUCGAGUUGGAAAGAGUGAAGUCAGCGCUGUGAAGAGUGAAGGAGACAAGAAACCUGUCGUCGCAACUGAAGGUGCUGGUAAAAGGAAAGCUGAGGAAUCAUCUCCAAUUAAGGGCCAACCUUUGAAAAAAGAAGAUGCCAGCGCCAAGAAGAGCAAAUUGAUUAAGGUUGAGCCUAAGGAUGAGGAUGACGAAGAUGAAGAUGACGAUGACGACGAAGAUGAAGAAGAUGAUGAUGAUGACGACAAUGACAUGGAUGCGCUCCAAGCCGGCGUUGGUGAUGAUGACAGUGAAGACGACGACGACGACGGACUGGACGAUGAUGAUGAUGAAGACGACGACGAUGAUGAUGACGAUGAAGACGACGACUAGAGAUAGGGUUUCGACAAUUACAUAACAUCAUGCGCUAAGAUUUGAUAAAAAUAGAUGUCCUCGCGUUGUUUUACAAUUAUGCUUUUUUCUAUUUUCUCUGCUGUUGUUUUGUUAUAAGGUUAGAAUUUCAAUUUUAAAUCAUGAUGUACGAAUCAAUAAAAUGCCACGAGUUAUAACUAUAA